AUGUCCAGUGUCUGGCACCGACAGUUUGAUCAACCCAAGUCCAAAGAAGAUUCAAUAGAUAACAGUGAUAUUCAUCCACUGGGCAAAGAAGCUAUUUCUCCUGAUGGUGUCGUCUUCAACAAAUCUGACGCCAUCGACGAUGGUGCAUUUUUCAAGCAACUCAACCCCACCCUACGCGCAGAAUUCUUGAGAUUAUUGGCACUGGAUGAGAAUGAAAAGAACGCCUGUAUCCAGGAUACGGUAGAUUUGCGGUGGGCUGAAGUUGGCGAGGCCAAGAUCGCUCUCAUAAUGAGUAUUUAUCCCCAACGGCAGAAUCGGCCGAGGGAUGACGAGAACGACGCGUGUCCCGACAGACUUCCCGAAGCAAGAGAUGGACCGAGGGUUGACCAGACCUCCAGCGUUUACCGAACACUUGCGGAACCACAGUAUGGCAAAGACGUGGGCUCCGCUGGGCCGCGGUCUGCAUCUGAGAGUCUGAGCAACCCCUUGAGACCCAUUGCCGAUGAGGAGGUUGACAACAAUGAUGCAGUAUGCAACUGGGCAGAAGCCAACCUUGAUACCCCCGAAUAUCGUGCAUGGUCCAAUGCUCAGCGUCUGCCUCAAUUGAUGGCAUAUAAAAAUCCUACCCGCCUGUUCCCUAUUGUUGAAAAUGGCAAGCCCACAUUCACAUCACACCAUAAUGAGGCAAUCUAUGAUCCUUCUCCUUUCCCUUUGAACAAAUGGGACCCUCAAGUUUCACACAAGGAGGACUGGUGGUUUGAAUUGAUGGUUUCCUCGUCCACCAUCUUUAACAAGGACGUCAGAACUGGUGGCCAGCUCGGGGGCUCAGAAAGUGGAUAUCUGUCACACUGCAUUCUUCGACGGAACCACGAUGGCUGA